UCUUUAGUCCGGAAAAAAGGAGGAUUGGAGAGUUCAGCCCUGUCCGUUGGAGGAGGGUGUUCGACUCGGGCGCCAGGCGCUUUCCAGCGGACCUUUCAGUUUAGCCGAAGACUGAGUGGCCGGCUCACCAUGGAACCCGUGACCAAGUGGAGCCCCAAACAAGUGGUGGAUUGGACUAAAGGGUUGGAUGAUUGUCUCCAGCAGUACGUCCAUAAAUUCGAACGGGAGAAAAUAAAUGGUGAACAACUCUUGCAGAUUUCUCACCAGGAUCUUGAGGAAUUGGGUGUCUCCCGAAUUGGACACCAGGAACUUGUGUUAGAAGCUGUGGAUCUUCUUUGUGCACUGAAUUAUGGCCUUGAAACAGAUAACAUGAAGAAUUUGGUUCUGAAACUACGGGCCUCUUCCAAUAACUUACAGAAUUAUAUCAGCAGUCGGCGGAAAAGUGCAUCUUAUGAUGGAAAUUCCUCACGUAAACCUCCUAAUGAAUUCCUGACCUCUGUGGUGGAGCUCAUUGGUGCUGCCAAAGCUUUGUUAGCCUGGCUUGAUAGGACUCCAUUUACAGGGAUCACUGACUUCUCAGUGACAAAGAACAAAAUCAUUCAGCUUUGCUUGGAUCUGACCACCUCAGUUCAGAAGGAUUGUCCUGUGGCUGAAAUGGAGGAUAAAGUUGUAAAUGUUUCCAAGGUCCUAAAUAGCAUUUGUGAUAAGACCAUCAGAUCAACUACAGAUCCUGUCAUGAGCCAGUGUGCCUGCUUGGAGGAAGUUCAUUUACCCAAUGUCAAACCUGGAGAAGGCUUGGGCAUGUACAUCAAAUCGACCUAUGAUGGACUGCACGUGAUUACUGGAACAACAGAAAAUUCUCCUGCUGAUAGAUCUCAGAGGAUUCAUGCUGGUGAUGAGGUGAUUCAAGUUAAUAAGCAGACUGUGGUGGGAUGGCAAUUAAAGAAUCUGGUGCGGAAGUUGCGAGAGAAUCCCACAGGAGUUGUGCUCCUCCUCAAGAAACGCCCCACGGGUUCUUUCAACUUUACCCCUGCUCCACUGAAAAAUCUACGAUGGAAGCCACCUCUCGUUCAGACCUCUCCUCCACCUACUACCACCCAGUCCCCAGAAAGUACCAUGGACACCUCGCUGAAGAAAGAGAAAUCAGCCAUUUUGGACCUUUAUAUCCCUCCUCCACCAGCUGUCCCCUACUCUCCCCGGGAUGAGAAGGGAAGUUUUGUUUACGGAGGCCUCAGUAAAUGCAAGCAGCCGCUGCCAAGUUCGAAGGGUUCCGAGUCCCCCAAUUCCUUCUUAGACCAGGAAAGUCAAAGGCGAAGAUUUACCAUCGCCGACUCGGAUCAGUUGCCCGGCUAUUCCGUGGAAGCGAAUGUCCUGCCCCCAAAGAUGAGAGAAAAAACACAGUCUUAUGGGAAGCCCCGGCCCUUGUCGAUGCCCGCAGAUGGGAGCUGGAUGGGAAUUGUGGACCCCUAUGCCAGACCCCGAGGACACGGAAGAAAAGGCGAAGAUGCCCUAUGCAGGUAUUUCAGUAACGAGAGGAUACCCCCAAUUAUCGAAGAAAGCUCCUCUUCACGGCACCGUUUUUCCCGACCAGUGACUGAUCGACAUCUAGUUCGGGGCGCAGACUACAUACGUGGCAGCAGGUGCUACCUUAAUUCGGAUCUUCACAACAGUGCCACCAUUCCCUUUCAGGAGGAAGGGAGCAAAAAGAACUCUGUUUCAUCGUCCAAAAAAUCUUCCACAGAACCAUCACUCUUGGUCAGCUGGAUCACUAGGCUUAAAUUGUUGACUCACUGAGAUUUGCCUUUUCUCCUGGACUUUGUCACCAUCUUCUGUUACUAAGUGCCUUCGUUCCUCAGCUGACCUCUUUCUACUUUCACCUACAGUAUUAUGUAGUGACUUUCUUGUUUUAUUUUAUUUUUAUUUUGUUUUAAUUUUAUUUUGUUUGGAGAGCAAGCUUUGGAGGUAUUGGACAGGAAUGAAUUUGGUAGGUGUAAUGGUGGUGGGCAGAAGAGGAGCAGGAGAUAAAAAUUCACAAGUAUAACACCUUCAAGUAAGAAGAUUUUGGUAGCUGGAUUCAAUUCUGAACUGAAAAUCAGUAUGAUUUUUUGAUACAGGAACAGAUAAGAGGACUGUGUUGGUGUGUGACACCACUUGUACUUUUUUUUUCCCUUGUGAUCAUAAUGGUGAGAGACCCUGUGGUCGUGGAGAUAUUAUUUUGGGUAUGGGGCUUACCUCCGUGGCUUGAAAGAGCCAGUGGGGAAAACACCAUGUUCUUUGUGGAAAAAAACUGUGUCCUACAGUUAAAUAAUAUAGCAGCUUAGACUUGGAAACGUCAAGUUUGGAAAAAUGUUUUUUGUUUUCUUUGAAAGCAGAGAAUAAUGUUGGGGAAUUUGUUACACUUGAUCAUUCCCCUUUUGGUGGAAAUUUCGUUGUAGUUUUUCUGGAGCAUACUUAUGGUUUACUACACAUACAUGAAAUACAUCAUUCUUCAGUGGUUAUUUGUGCAUUUGAUGAUGGUAUUAGCAAGUGCUAUCUUUAAAGAGAGAAAAAAGGUAUAAGAUUGAUUUGCUGGCAACCAAAGCUAAGAAAACAAGCACUCUUUAGACUUAUGAGUGACUCAGCAGUUGGCAUUUUGAACUGUUAAGUAUCUGUAUCUUAGAAAAAGAACCCUUUAUCAAAAUUGUGCUAUUCAAAGAUACCUUGGAAAUUCUAAUGGUCAAUAAUUUUCAAGUAGCAUCUGGUAUUUUUGGGGGAAAAGUCAUAAAAGUUUAGGAUAUAAAUUGUGUUUAAAUGAAUGUAUGAUAUUUUAUUAGAAGGAAAAAGUCUUAUUGUGUUAAUUUAAGUGUUUAAAUAUAGUUGUAUAUUUUUCUUACUCUUAACAAAUGUGUAGUUGGUAUAUUUCUAUUAUUGCGCCAAAGCAAGGGGUAAAACUUUAUUAGUAAAGGCAGA